AUGGCGGACGAGGCGAACGAGACAUCAGAGAGCGAAUCAGUUGUCGAUCCUGCUAUCGUAACUCUAAUAGGAAAAGUUAAUUCACUUCAUGAAGAAUGCAUUAAAAUCCGACAGAGUACAUCAGGUCAGUCUUUGCACUUUUUUGUUCAUAACGUGGAACAUGCAUCGAUCCAAGGCAUGAUUCGUGACGCCUGUCACCUUGCCGCUAUAGGUUACCAGCGCCUUUAUCAAACAGGGGAAUAAUUUAUAUAAUUUAUGUUGUAUUUGCAGAAGCUGGUGAGUUAGAUUUAUUAGAAAAAGCAGAGGCCAAGUGCAAAAUGUGCCUUCAACUCCUGGAAACAGGGUAAGCAUGAUGAUGAAAUUCUGGAUAAUAUGUAAAAUCUACAGUGAAACUUGUGUUAAGCAGACAUCUGUGGGACUCUCACUUGUGCUUGCCUAAGAAAAUAAGUCUGCUCAGUACUGUGCAAUGUAGAUUGAUUGUUAAAUCCAGAGUCGGAGAGAAUGUGUAAUCAGGAUCCCUUUAUAUAGUGUCCUUGGGUAGAUAAAGCAAAAAUCAAAUGUCAGAAUGUGAUAACAUCUCACUUUGUUAAAAUAUUUAUUGCGUAAUUUCAUAUUGCAUCAUUUCUCAUUAUACAACUGAUGUUGGAUGAUGUUUCAUCUGAAAUAUGUUUUGUUUUCAUUAAAAAACAUAAGAAAAAUGACCUUCAAGAGCAUUGUGUGGUUCAUCAAAGCAAUAUUUUACUUCAUGCUGAUAGAAAGCCUUGAAAACAAAAACUAUUAUAAAAUUCCUCAUUAUGCUGUCUGCCUAAUACAGGUUUUGAUUUAGAAUGUGUCCAUCUACAGAGCUGUGUCAUAGCAAAGCCUGAGUGUGACAUGCAACCAUUUUUUAUGCAACUUGUAUGAAACCCCUGAUGUGCUAGGCACCUAAUAUUUCUUAGAAAAGAAUCUUUGGGCACCUGGAGAUUCUUUUGACAGUACAGCUUUUUCGUAAUAGAAACAUCGAAUGUACAUUGAAAGGAAAAUCAAAUCUUCUUCUAAUUUACAGUCAAGCUGCAGCUGGGAAAAAGGCAGUACUUUUCAAAGUUCUCCAACAUUACUCACAGGUAUGUUGCUAUUCUGUAUUGAUGUAAAUUUUGUUAUAACAGUGUAUUCUUAAUUUUUAUUCAUCUUGCAUAAGAAUUGAACAUAAUGUGCAAUAGGAUUCGAAUAAUGAGGAAAUGACAGUGACAAUGAAGGUAUUUAAGGACAAUAAAAAAAUAAUACUUUUGACAAGUUCAGAUCAAUAUUUCUUUUACUUAAAGAUUAGGUGACUAAAAUUUUUUAUCAUCUUUUAAACUUUUCUAAACAACAGCAUUAAAUAAUGUUUCUAUAAGAGGAGCUUGGAUGAAAUUGUGAGAUAAGUAAUUUGAUUUCAGGCUCUUCUUGACGAAACAUAUGUUCUGGAGUGUAGACUGGUAAAUGCGGAUUUCCCAGAAGACAGAUGUAAAGGAGACAUAAGGCAUUUAAUUGGUACUGCAAUCUUUUUUUGGAUUAAAUUUUUUUUUCAAGGAUGGCUACUUAAGAACAAUGGAAGCAGCGAUGAAGAUUGGGGUGAAGUCUCAAGUUGUGGAAGAAGGAGUUAAUCUUUUCACUCAUAAAGAUCUCAAAAUGUUUUCCUCUCACUGUUUGCCGUACAUUUCUUGUAACUUAAUCUUGGAGAAAUUGGUGUUAACCCUUUAACUUUCAUGAGUGACCAAGACAGAAUUUCUCCUUACAAUAUGAAUACAAUAUCAACCAGAUAAGUGAUGAGAAUAAAGAAAUAUAUCAAUUAGGGGGUAAUUAGCUGAUUCAAUACUAAAUUCUCUGAACUAACUUUAUAAGAAUUGUAUGGUCAACACUAAGGAGAACUAAAAAUUUGAUCUGGAAGUUAAAGCAUUAGAUCAAAAAGUGUUUUUUUAACUGGUGCUUUUCUUUCUUCUCAUCAACAUUCUGCUUGACAAAAUGUUUGAAAUUGUAAGGAGAAAUUACUUAGUGGUCACUUGUGGGACUGAAAGUUGGAAAAGGGGUCUCAGGGUAAGAGGGGGAAUGAUGAUGGGUUUGUAUGUAUCAUUAUUUCUGUCAUCUCAGAGAAAGUGCGAUAAAUCUUUAGUUUUUCUUUUUCAUUAUAAAGGCCAAUUGGACCAGCCUGAGGAGCUGGUGAAAGAAAUGCUUGGAUCAGAGUACAAAGUAAGUAACUAGUGAAUCAUUCAUGAAAAAUAAUUAAACUUGUGGAUAAAGAGAGAAAGAGGGGAGGAGAAGGGAUAAUAUAGUGUGGAGUUUAAGGGGAACGUAGACAGAAGUGAAGAUGAGGGUAAGUGAGUGAAAUCACUGAUCAAAUGAGGAGACUGAGGAUUGGUUCAAGAUGUUGGGGAGGUACAGUGUGCUGCUGUGAUAGGUAACUGCUUGACAAGUGAUACAGAUGAGGCUUUUGGUUCUACCCAGUUUAGAAAGGAAAAUCAAGAACAAGUAAGCUAGGACAAGGAAGGUUGAUUUCUGGUUGAGUAGAGGAAUCAGUGAAGUCUGAUUUGGAUGUAUGGUCUGGCUAAUGUAAAUGUAGAUAGAAAUGAAUGAGAGGUGAAAUGAGUGGGCAAAAAGGCUUAAGAGGUUUGUCCAUAAUUUUGUGCUUCAUAUAGUUAUUGAGGAGUGUGGCUUCUAAUUUAUCCACAGUCUGGACAAAUUCUAGGCUCAGAUAUACUAGAAUGCUUGUUUUGGAGGCGUGGAGCUCUGUUCUACAUGUACUGCCAUACGUUGUUUAAUGAUCCACAAAGAAGGCAGCUUGAUACAACGCAUAUCAGACAGGUAUCAUCUGAUUGUUUUAAAUUGUUUUAUUUGUUUUGUUGUUCGUUGGUUUUUUUUAAUCAAUACUCAAAGCUCUUUUCUCCUCAAAGGCAACUAAAUGCACAAACCUCGCACCUUGAUUCGUUACCCUUUGAUCCUUUCAGUCUUCUAUGUUAGUCUACGUUCGCAAAACUUUAUUUAGCAGAGAUAAUUGUUUUCUCCCAAAUAUCUACUUGCUGUCUUCUCCCCUGCAGUGUGCCGAGUCAGGAGUCAAAUAUCUGGAGGCCAUGUUAUGUGUUCGUUCACCGCUGAUGAUGGAUGCGAUGACAGAUGUUUCAGCAAAGAAUGAAGACAUGAUGCAGCUUCUGAAAGAAGGUGAUCGUUUGAAUUUAUUUACUGUCUCUUAAUUUCUAACCCUAACCCUAACCCUAACCCUAACCCUAACCCCACUCUCCAUAUGAAAGUUAACUCCACCACAACGAAUUCGCCCAAACAUAUAUAGCACUUUAUAUUUUUGAACUUUAAGCAUUCGGAAAAAAUUCGGUAUUAUUCUAUCCCGUUCCAAAACGAUCUCGCCCAAGUAACUACAUACAAAUACAGUAAGGGGUCUCUUUCUGUGGGAAGACUACGAGAAAACAAAAAAACCGCUAGGCUGCUCCUAAAAUGCUUGUUCUCAUCUGAACGGAGCUUUAUAUUCUCAACCGUGAAACUGUUCUUUUAAGGACAACCAAUACGAAAAGGUUCCUUUAAGAGCUACUCAAUGCAAAGAGCCAACGAUUAAGGUAAUUUUCAGGUCAAGACGGUUGGCGCAUGUGUGUUGUACUUAUAUUGUAAACAUUUAAAUAAACCCAAACUUCCAAAAUGUUUGGAAGCUUCUAUUGAAAGGUUUUUAUUUUGAUCUCAGGUAUCUUUAGUGAUACUCACCUCCUCGCUCUUAUGUACUCUGGUGAACUGUGUUAUUGGCAUUGGAAGAUUGUAAAGGAAACAACUACAGAUCAGUCUGUGAAAGAGUCGAGCGAUGCGGAUGAAAAUUGUUCAGGGAACUUUAAUUCUGUAUCAAAUGGAAGGCGACUUCUUCAAAAGUUUAUGAACAUUGUACAGGACUGUUUUAAAGGAAGAGGCUGGGAUUGUUCUAGGGCUGAACAAAUUUUGGCUGAGUUUCCUGAAUGUUAA